AUGCACAUCACCAUGUCUUCCGGCAACAGGAAAGAGCGACGCGCCAAGGGGUCCAAGACAAGCGCAAAUGGCAAGGGAAGCGGCUUCCAGCCCACCAACGAGAUCGAUGAAGAUGGCGUCGAAAUGAUCCUCAAGCAUCCCGACUUCUCCAAGCCAACGGGCAAGACACUUUUCGACUUGGCCGAAGAGAGGCAGCGAGAGCUAGACAAGAUAAACGGCAGAACGCGAGUUGUCAAAGUACCAGUAGCAUCUACACCCGCAUUGCCCGACGAUGUUCCUCCGAUCGGCCCCCUCGGCGACUCCAUCCUCUACUCCAUCUCCAUGGCAGUCCUCCACCUCACCCUCGACGUCCUCGUAUACAGCCAAUACCGGGAGGAUAUACUUUGGAAUGAGAUCUUGUGGCGCGCUUUUACAGCGUGGCCCAUAUUCAUCCUAGCAGUCUACCUCACCCACGUCGACUUUUCGUACCGAUUCCCCAUACUCAGAGACGCUACGUUCUUUGGAGGCUCUGUCGUGGCGGGGUGCUAUCUGAUAUACUCGGGCAACAAGCACGGCUACUUCUACGUCAUGAAGUCAGCUCCUCCAGUUGGUACGCUCUGGAUCUGGAGCGUUGUGGAAAUGAGUCUGCCUUUUGCAGUCACAAGCGUGGCCGUUGUACUUGGAUACAUCUGGUGGAACGGGUUCGACUUUUUCUAG